AUGAGGUCUGAACUGGCAGCCUGGGCUCUGGCCGUCCUCCCCCUGGGAGCGAGCUGCACAUCCAUCCCCCCCUCGACGCUCCCUCACCUCUCUUCCCUGGCUCGCAGGAACGAGUCCUUGCCCAUCUACAAGAGCUCUUCCUACUGCGUCGACGACCGGGUCGAGGACCUCCUCCGCCGCAUGACCGUCCAAGAAAAGGCCGGCCAGCUCUUCCAGACGCAGCUGCAGCAGGGGCCCAACGGCACCCUCGACGCCGGCAACGCGACGGCCCGGCGCAACAGCACCGACAACAUGAUCGGCGAGAAGCACAUGACGCACUUCAACCUCGUCGGCGACAUCGUCGACGCGCGGCAGGUCGCCGAGUUCGUCAACCUCGUCCAGCAGCGCGCCCUCGACACCCGCCUCGGCAUCCCCGUCACCCUGUCGACGGACCCCCGCCACAGCUUCACCGAGAACAUCGGCACCGGCUUCCGCGCCGGCGUCUUCUCCCAGUGGCCCGAGUCCCUCGGCCUCGCCGCCCUGCGGGACCCGUACCUGGUCCGGCAGUUCGCCGAGGUCGCCCGCGAGGAGUACGUCGCCGUCGGCAUCCGGUCCGCGCUGCACCCGCAGGUCGACCUCGCCACCGAGCCGCGGUGGUCCCGCCUGGGCAACACCUGGGGCGAGGACGCCAACCUCACCAGCGAGCUCCUCGUCGAGUACAUCAAGGGCUUCCAGGGUAAAGAGCUGGGCCCCUACAGCGUGACGACCGUCACCAAGCACUUCCCCGGCGGCGGUCCGAUGGAGAACGGCGAGGACUCCCACUUCACCUACGGCAAGAACCAGACGUAUCCCGGCGACAACUUCGACUACCACCUCAUCCCCUUCAAGGCGGCGAUCGCGGCCGGCGCGAGGCAGAUGAUGCCCUACUACUCGCGCCCCAUCGGCACCGAGUACGACCCCGUCGGCUUCUCCUUCAACAAGCAGAUCGUCACCGGCCUCCUGAGGGAGGAGCUCGGCUUCCAGGGCAUCGUCGUCUCCGACUGGGGCCUGAUCACGGACACGGUGAUCCGCGGCCAGGACAUGCCCGCCCGCGCGUGGGGGGUCGAGAGCCUGACGGAGCUCGAGCGCGCCGCCCGCAUCCUCGACGCCGGCGUCGACCAGUUCGGCGGCGAGCAGCGCGUCGAGCUCAUCGUCCAGCUCGUCGAGCAGGGCAACGUGACGGAGGAGAGGCUCGACGUCUCCGUCCGGCGCCUCCUGCGCGAGAAGUUCCUCCUCGGCCUCUUCGACAACCCCUUCGUCGACCCAGAGGCCGCCGCCCGCGUCGUCGGCAACGACUACUUCGCCCGCCUCGGCAACGACGCCCAGCGCAGAGCCUACACGCUGCUCACCAACAGGGACGAGAUCCUCCCUCUGAAGCACGUCGGUGCCGAGACCAAGUUCUACAUCGAGGGCUUCAACGCCACCUUGCUCGAGUCGCGCAACUUCACCGUCGUCCCGACGCCCGAGGAGGCCGACUACGCCCUCCUGCGCCUCGAGGCGCCCUACGAGCCCCGUCCCGGCGGCUUCGAGGCUGCGUACCACGCCGGAUCGCUCGAGUACUCCGCCGAGGAGAAGGCCCGCCAGGCCGCCAUCUACGCGGCCGUGCCCACCAUCGUCGACGUGAUCCUCGACCGCCCGGCCGCCGUUCCCGAGGUGGUCGAAGCUGCUGCCGCCGUGUUCGGCAGCUUCGGCAGCGGCAGCGAGGCCUUCCUGGAUGUUGUGUUCGGCAUCGCCUUCCCGGAGGGCAAGCUGCCUUUCGACUUGCCCCGUUCGCAACAGGCCGUCGAGGAUGCGAGGGAGGACGUGCCGUUCGACACGGAGAACCCCGUGUUCCGGUUCGGUCAUGGUUUGAGGGACGUCAAUGAGAUUGUCAUCCGCGAGCGGACUGCCGUUGGCACCCGGGCCACCUCCGGCCAAGACCCGGAGGACGCCCCACUCCAGGCCGGUCUUGGCCGGUCUUGGCUUCCGGCGCCGACGUCCACUGACCUGAAUAGGCAGUGA